AUGGCAGCGGGAGGAGCCGCGUCGCGCAAGCGGGCCCGGUCGCCAAGUCGUGGUGGAGGUCCGAGCAAGCGGACGCAUGGCCUCGGCGACGAGCGGCACGGCCUGGGCCUCGGCGCGCCGCUGGGCAGCAACGCCGGCGGAGGCGUCCGGAACGAUGGAGUGGUCAUGCAAUGCUUCCACUGCCGCGCCUUUCAGUGGGUUCCUGCCGCCCGUGCUGCUGACCUCUCGCCCGUCUGGCACUGCUUCAUGAACACCUCCUCCGAAGGCGCCGACGAGCUGUGCAUCGGGCCGGUCCCCCACGUCGCCCCGCGUCCGCUGCCGUCCUCAAACCCAAUGCCGGGCCUUGCCCCAGGCCCGUCCGAAGGCGCCACUACUCUCCCCGCCCUGCGCCCGCUCGCCCGCCACACCGUUCUCGCUCCCGAUCCAGGCGCGGCAACAGUCCCGGUCGCACAGCCAGUACCAGUGCCAGAACCGGAACCAGAGCCGGAGAAGGUGGUGGCGGCGACAACGGCAGCGACACAAGCCGAGUCGGCCGAGAUUGCGAUGGCGCUCGGAUCGUCGAAUGUGGCCAUGGCGCCCGGCAGGAGCAAGGACCAGGUCGCGCGAACGACGCAGCUGAUGGCCACGAUCCAGGAGCGGCGCGAGAGUGCUGGCCUCCGGCGCGACCGCCCGCGAUUGCGGCGGCCGCUGCCCACGGUUGACUUUACCGGCUUCCGUCUGCAGAACGGAUACCAGCUGGCGGCGCGAAUCGACAAGCAUGCCGGGACGCACCCACUCUACGAGGGCAUGCACUACUGGCGGAUCGAGGCGCAGCGGCGGUCGCUGGUCAACGCCUGGCUGUGGGAGGAUGAGGUCACUGAGAUCGGCAUCAAGUUCUGCACUGGCGAGUGGACCGUGGCCACGCUCGCCACCGCUCGCUCAAAGCGGGCCCAGCGGCCGUCGCGGGCCUCAAUCUCGCGCUCCGGCGCCCGGAUCCCACGCUCGCCCGCCCGCUUCCGCAACGGGCAUGGCCUGGACGAUCCCUCCUCCGCUGUCCGCAUCGGCUCGCAGCUGCGCCGUCGCGCCUUGCCGGUCGUCUCACCCGCCACCGCUCCAAUGGCAGGCCUCGCCUUUCUCCGUGCAGUCCGCCUCUUCCUCAAAGCGCCGUCGUACGCCACUCGCCACCAACCGGUGGCGCUCGCCGAAGUUGUGGCCGGCCUCCCCGCUCGCCCAGGCCUUCUUGACUCGCUUCCCCCGGCCGUCGUCGAUGCUGUCUUUGCCGGCGCCGUCGCCGACCUCGCCCAUCUCGCUAUCUGGUCGCAGGGCGAGCCAGUCCCGAACAUCCACGUCUUCCACGCCCGCGGCGUCCCCUACGUCGCCCGCGUCGCCUGGACCUCUCGCUCCUAG